AUGGCGGACGUAUUGGAAGCCAGACAGGGUUUGCUCGACAAGAUCGGCGGCAAGCCUCGCGAGUUUUACGCUUUCGCCUCGGCGCCACUCUCACAGGAACACUCGGAGAUGAUCAAGGGUGCGCCGAUGGAGCUCGUGUCCACCAUCCUCGCCCUGAACCUCAACGCUCUCAUCGACAAAGUCCCGACCAAUCCCGAGUACGUCGGCACCCUCCUGUCGGCGCUCACCGUCGAGAGUUCGAAUACGCUGCCAUUGUCCACCUUAUUGGAGUGCGGCGAUGCUGGUAGGGCGAAGGCUCAGGCUGCCAAGCUCCAAACGUCACUCGUAUUGGCCCUGGGCAACGUCGUUUUCAAGAUUACCGACGAGUCCGCGAUCGGCCUUAUCAGCCAGAAGAUCGUGACUGUAUUCCCGAAGCUGGCCGAUUCCAUCUUCGGCAUGGACAUGGGCUCCGCGGACUUCGUGAACGGCUUGGCCCCGCAGGCAGCCAUGGACCUGGGUGCCAUGUCAAUCGUCGCCCAAGUUCUCGACCACAUGAGGGCUGCGGACGCUCACGGACCCGUGUUCCCAGCCCAGCUUCGCCAUUCGAUCGUGAAGUUGGUGUCCAGCGUGGCGAAAGUCUCGGCCAGGAUGAAGGUUAAUUUCAAGUCCCUGGGGGGUUCCCAUUCCACCCAUGGCAAGAAAGCAUGGGGAGAGAUGUGCAGGAUGACCGAUGCCGCUGCCAAGCACCAGGAGGACACAUCCCAGAACGAGUUCGUGAAGAGAGCCAGGGAGCUUGCGCAUCAGGUGCGAGUGGGCGAGCCCGAGAAAGCGUACGAAGCACUGAUCGCGGUAUGCGAACUGCCCAGCGAGGCAUGCAACUUCGGCGACUUCUUCAGCCAAAGAGGCGUCGCUGAAGAUUCUGAGUCACCAGCAAAGGGAGAGAUGCUCGAGGUCUGCAACACGUUCUGCGAUGGAACGCUGCAGCUGUUCAACGUGGCGGUCAACCUUACCAUGUCGUUCAACGAUUUGUUCACUGGCAUCUAUGAGGGAUCUGGGUAUACGCCGCCUCUGACGGACAGGCAAGUGAACCCCGAUGAAGAAGAGCCUGACCAGUACGAGAUGUUGAGGGUGUUCCACACCGCUUUCAAGAUCAUGCAGCACUUUGACUUGAACGAGGGGGACGCGAACGUGGUGUACCACCUCAUGCACCGCUUCGAGGUCGCCGCCAAGCUCUACGACGCGAGGGAGAGCGAGGGCAAGACCGACUGCAAGGAGGUGGUUGAGGUUUGGACGAUGGCCUUGCAAGCUGAGCACAAGAUGAAAUUGGCUUUGAGAUCGAGACCGUUGCCAACCACCUGCCCAACUGCACCAUCUGCACUGCUGAUCCUGCACAACAUUGGGUCUCUGUACAUGGACGAUCGCUUUCGGAGCGUGCUGCUACACAGGGUGUUGGCGCUCCCGCCUGAUAAGCAGAAGACGCUGAUCGGCAUACUGGACACGAAGACCAACGUGCUCCCCAAGAGUUCUCUCGAGGUCUUGACGUUUGCCAAGACGCUGGUGCGAGUGGCAGACGCAGACGAGCGUCAACGAGCUGGUCGCUCAAGCGGCCUCGUCGAGCUCAACUCGCUGCUCUCCGACAUCGUGACGGCGAAGGCUGACUUCAAAGAGGCAUGUGACGACAGCGCACUCGUGGAGCGUGUCUUGAAGCACGCGGAGGCGGAGUGGGACACCUUGUUCAAGCAAACGAAGGCUGCCAUGGACUUCAUCUCGUCGCUCAAGCUGGACUUCGUGGAGAAGUACGGGGCGCUGUACGAUGCGAUCGAGAAGUGGGAUUUCCAGGAGGUCGGCUGGUUGACAAAGCCUUCCGACACCAAGGAUCGGAACACGGGGAGUCAGAUCGCGAUUGCAGUGGCCCAGUUCCCGACGACGUCCAAGGUCGUCGAAAACGUGUGCGGCAACAUCAAGUGGCAGGAGAGCGCCAAGAGCCAGGCUAUGAUCCAGCUUCAGGCCGCCUUGCCGACGGCGAAGGAGACGCUGGGGCAGGCCGCGCAGCUAGCGGCGUGCAUUGCUCUGGCUCACUUGCUCGUGGUCGGCGGCAGCAAGGCCGCCGUGUCGGACUACGACCAGACCGUCAAGUGGACGCAGUCGUGCUUAGGAGUUUCGCACGGCGAGCUCCCCUCGAAGCUCCGCGAGAAGCUUGAGGAGCUCAGGAGGUCGCUGCUCGGGGACCCCAUCAACAAAGCUACGGAGUCGAAGUUCAAGGAUUGCGACGCCAUCUCCGUGGCGACCUCGUCGGCAGCGACCGCGGCGACGAGCCGCCAGAACAGGAAGAGGUGGGCCAAGACGGCAUUCAACCAGGCGGUCGUCGCCGACUGA